GCAACGAAGCCCCCCCCCCCCCCCCCCCCCCAACCGGAUCUCUCGUUCCUGACGGAGAAAGAAGAAGAAGAAACAGCCACAGAGAGAUAGACGAGGUGAUGAUGAACAGCCUUUGAUUGUCAUCUGGAGAAGGUGGCGGUCGUUGCAAAUUAUUCAUAAGCUGUGUUUCCCUUCCACCCGGCACCCACCAUCUCCAAAUAUCCCCCAUCUCUUUUGGUCCUAUUUCGGCUUUUACCCAUGCGGCGUGGAAGAACAGCAGAUCCUGGAGUGGUUCCAGGUAAAAAUUUUUGUCGCGAAACUAAUUCUAAUUCCCAAUACAAGGCCACAAUCAAGGAAGUUAAAUUUAGAGGUGUUCGGAAGCGACCUUGGGGCCGGUUCGCCGCCGAGAUCAGAGAUCCGUGGAAGAAGACUCGGGUCUGGCUCGGUACGUUUGACUCGGCUGAGGAUGCGGCUCGAGCCUACGACGCCGCGGCCUUGUCCCUGCGUGGGCCCAAGGCCAAGAUCAAUUUCCCGUUAACGGCUCCCCAGCUCGCCCGGGUUCAGGUCCGAGACGAGGGAGGGUUUUCGGUGGUUUCGGGUAAGUUUGUUAAUCAGAUUCAGCCCCCAGCCAGGCCGACGACGAGCAGUAUGAGCAGCACCGUCGAGUCCUUCAGUGGGCCAAGGGUGGUGGUCGUCCCGAGGGUCAAGGCCGUGCUGCCGCAUACGCCCGUUCACCCGGUCGCACCCGAGGAUUGCCGCAGCGACUGCGACUCCUCGUCCUCCGUGGUCGACGACAACGACGAAGACUGCGUCCUCACGUCUUCGUUCCGGAGGGUCCUGCCAUUCGAUCUUAACCUCCCGCCUCCCAUGUACGGUGGGGAGUUUGGCCGAAACGACGACGAAGAGGAUAUUCGAGCUACCGCUUUGUGCCUCUAACAAAGCUACGAUGGAUCGUAGAUCUAAUGGUCACUUUUUUUCCCCUCAUUUCUCCCUGUUUUUCCAUCUUAUUUUCUCGGGAAAAAAUCGAUAAUUUGAUUUUUUUUUUCUUCAAUUCUAAAAUCCAUCUAUGUACUAGAUUAUCGUGUACGAACAGUUGUAUUUGGAUUGCUAUGCGAUCUAGGAAUCUGUUCAACUUUCAUGGGGUAUUAAGAUUUGUCUGUGUCGUUGAAGAUAAACUAGAUCGAAUUUACGAUGCAGUCGAUGUGGGAUCUAAGAGACCUGAUGAUCUUUCACCAUCUAUUUCUUCAUAUUUUUUCUUCGUGUACAAAAACUAUCCUAUAAAAAACCAGUUUAGUUUCUGCUUGUUA